CAGGAGCCAGCGCCCGCCGACACGAUGUUCUCCAAGGUUCUCCUGUGCUGCGUGCUCGCCUUCGCUGCCGCCCAGCAGCAGCCAAACGUCGAUGGGCCACCACAGCCAUACAGCUUCACCUACGACAACACCGACGAGUUCGGCACCCGCAUCAGCCAGACUGAGACCGGUGACGAGAACAACAACAAAGUCGGCUCCUACAGCUACACCGACGCCAACGGCCUCUCCCGUACCGUGAAGUACACCGCUGACGCCGAAGGUUUCCACGUCACCGUCGAGACCAACGAGCCAGGAACCAAGAGCUCCAACCCAGCCGACGCCCAGUACAUCGCCAACCCCGUCGAGGUCGCCCCAGCCCCAGUUGCGGCGAAGCCAGCUCAAGUCGUCGUCAAGGCCACCCCAGUCGUUCACGCCGUCCACGCUGCCCCGGUCGCUGUGCAUGCCGUGCACGCCGCCCCAACCUUUACCCUCCACGCUGCUCCAGUCGCCUUGCACCACGUGACCCCAGUCACCGUGGGUGCUCACCCAGUCGCCUUCCACGCUCCCCUCACCUACACCCUCGGCCGUGCUAAGAGCCGUUAAGAAAGACCUGUAGUCCUAUUACAAUUAGUUGCAUUAAAUAAUUUAACACGUUCACGCAA